AUGACUUCAAGUUCUUCUCCUGGCGCUAAUGGCAGCAGCUAUGACGUUUUUCUAAGCUUUAGAGGCGAAGAUACUCGUUAUUCUUUUACCGAUCAUCUUUACAAAACAUUAAAACGAUCAGGAAUUGAUGUUUUUAGGGAUAACGACGAUAUCAACAGGGGUGAAGAACUGAAGCCGGAGAUCCAGAGAGCAAUCAAAGAAUCUAGGGCUUCAAUAGUUGUGUUGUCAGAGAACUAUGCAACUUCCUCUUGGUGCCUGGACGAGCUUAUGUUGAUCCUCCAACAAAAAAGGGAGCACAAUCAUUUCGUUCUACCUGUUUUUUAUCACGUUGAUCCUUCUGAUGUGAGGAAACAAAAUAAAACUUUUGCAAUUGAAGUCAAAGCCUCUUCAAAGUGGACAGAUCACAACGUGGACCUGUGGAAGAAAGCUCUUAAGGAGGUAGCUGAUUUGGCCGGCAUGGUUCUAUCCGGGAAUGCCAUUGCUUCUCUUCUUGUAAUUCAAUCAUUACUUAAAUACAAUUCAACUGAUGCGACUUGUCUAACAAUUUGGCAAUUAUAUAUUAAUCUUAACAUGGAGCAAAAUUUUGGUCUCUACCUGUGA